GGGGAUGGGAAAGUAAAUACGGAGUAAACACACGAGAUCUGGACUGGCGGGGCAUGCACCCAAGAGGUGGGCGUGUAUAGUUCUCAUGGACUUUAAACACCUUGCUGCAGCAUGCUUUUUUUUUCCAAACAAGGGAAGGACAGGUAUGACAAGGAUCUGUAAGCAAAGCGGCAGCACGGAUACUGAAGAAGGCAAUGUUGUUCUAUUAGAAUAUAGUUGAUGCAUCCACCCUUGCCCUGACUUUGCGAAGUUAAAAGCUACUACCAGGUGACCUUGAUAAUUCAGCAAUUGAAGGUGGCGUGCAUAUCUACAAGGAACUGAGUGAUGAUGACCAGCUCACCAGCUUCCAGGAUUUUAUAUAAUGGCAAGAGGAGUAGUGGUCCUCGCUCACCAACCAAUAGCAGUGAGAUUUUCACUCCAGCACAUGAAGAGAAUGUUCGUUUUAUAUAUGAAGCUUGGCAAUGCGUAGAACGAGAUCUCAGGAAUGAGAGAGGCCUAAUCCAAUAUGUUGAUAGAUCUCCAAAUCCUCUUCUUAACAAUUUCAUACCUGUCGAUUUGAGUGAAUUGAAAAGGAGGACUGUGCAAGAUACGAAGAAGUCUUAGAAGCUUUUGGAUACAUUUCUCCUUGUUACUGUUGCCACCGCAGACAUACUGUCCGACUCUCUCCCUUUCAGACAUCCUCAGGAACUUUUUGUUUUCAAAGUUUGUGUUUUAUUUUCUGUUUCUCUGAUCCUAGUGUAAAGGUCACAGAGCAGCCCUGUGUAGGAACGGAGUAGAAACAAACAGCUUCAUAAAUGCAGAUAAACCUGAGGAUGUGUGCAGCAAGACACAAUAAGACAUAAACCAUGGAUGGUAUUAUAUUUUACUUGCUUCCCCAUUCCUGUUUGUUAGUCCAUUUUACUGUGAGAGAAGGGGGGUAGAGCAGGAAAGAGAGAGCUGUCACCUUACUCCAGGGAUGAACAAAUAAAUUAUUUAAAGAAUUUUUGGAAAUUAUGAAAUGCAUUGAGACAGAGUAGUCUUUGCUGUAGUCCAUGGAUUGAGAGCAAGGGGUUUUCUGAAGUUAUAUACAGACCCAGAGACUUUACAUUGAGGAAAGAAUGAGUAAGGGCCGUUUGGUGGCCCUGGAGUAGAGUCUGAACUACUUGGGGAAUGCAGGUUGGAGAUUGACAGGUUGUCCUCAUUUCUUGGGUGACAAAGGGAGCCUUGAUGUUGUGGCAUCCCAGGUCUUUCUCCCUGAAGGAUAUUAACAGGACUGUGAUAGUGCCACAAGGGAAAUAUUGUCCUGCCAGGGAAUGGUAGAACAUCUGCUUUUUCCUGUAGGGCCAGUAGUCUGUGGUUGCUGCCUGACAAUACUGUGAGUGACUGCACAGUGUUGGGAACUAUAGAGACAGUUAUGUGGUGUGGUAGGAUGAUGCUUGUGCUUGCCACCAGUGCUGGGUUCUCCCUUUGCUGCAAGUUGGUACUUCAGCCACAGGCGCAGUGUGGUACUGUGCAUGGGUGAUUUUAAUGUGAGAAUUCUAUGCUGAUUAUCCCAUCUAAUGCUAGUCAAGAGGGAUUAAAAUAACAAAUGCAAAACGAAAAUAACCAAAGCAGUAUGAAAGUAAUGGGAUUUCCUUGAUGAGCCUGUAAAAAGUUAGACCUUGCAGUACCAUGACAUAAAUUAUGUGGGUUGGUACUUGUGGCGCACGCUGUAGAUUGCCCUUGCACCAGGGCUGAAGGCAGUGCACAUGUAUAGCUUUUGACAAUUUCUGCUGGAACAGCUCCUCUGGUUCUACAAACAUGUUUGCUUUGGUCCCUCUAUGGAUUAUAACACUUUUGUGGACAGCAAAGGAAAGGUUAUUAGAAAGUCAACUUACAUUUUAAAUUGUGUUGCUAAUUCAGUAAUAAUCCCAGCUGCAGUUCCUUGGCCAGAUUUGGACUUUACUUCAUUCUUUAGUCCAGCUUUUGAUGGAGAUGCAGAGUGGUCUUGACUGAUUCAAAUUUUUUUCUGCAGGUGCCAGAUUGCAUUUCUCUUGGCAGUUGGUUUGUUCACCCCUGGUCUGCAUUGAGCUGUGUGAAGUUAUGGACCAUGUACAGUAGCCACGUCACACAGCUCAGUUGUUUGCUGUUAAGGUGCCUCUUGAAACUUUGUGAGAGAGAUAGGAUUAGCACAGGCACACAGAAGCACGUGGACAGAUGCUCACAUAUUGAUUGGCUGUACAUAAAAACAGUAUAAGCACAAAGAAAUAAUAAACAUUAUUUGAUUGGCUGCAGGCAUCCCUUGCAAAUAGUGUAAGGGGCGUUCCACAUGUUAUGUCUUCCUUCACCAGUGAAAGAGCAGCUGAGAUGUUUGCCCCAUCAUGAAUCCAGAGGUGUUUAGUCUGAGUUUCAGUGUGUGUGGAACUCUGGUUAACUUUCUGCUUUCACCAGCACCCCUCCUGCUGCUUGUGAUGAGCCGCUUUUGCACAAAAUGAAGCUAAAAGUGAUUGUUAUGUAGUUCAAUAUUACGAUGAGGUCCUUACCUACAAACAUUGCGUGUUGUGUGUGUUUUUAUGGUAGUGUGAUAUCAUAUGGAAAAAGUCUGUUGCAGUUCAUCAGCAACAGCAAAACAUUCUUGGUCCCUGACUUGACAUAACAGUAUUGACCUUCACAAAGGCCUCUCUUUCUUUGAGCCACGUGACUCGAAGGUGGUGUACUUGGAAACUUUUGCUGGGCAGGAUGAACUUAACUACACUAUCUGAAGUGACUGCACCACGGUAAUUACAACUGUUAAACCCAAUGCUUAAUUCUGCCUCUGUAGAUAAUAUCAUUGCGUUGAUUUUGUUUGUUUUUAAUGAAAUUGUUUUUAAUGAAA